UUUGUUUUUGUUUUUAUUUUACGAUGCAGUAAAAAUAAAUCAACGCAAAAGAGAAAAUCAAUGAACUUUUCACUCAAAAUUUGAAGUUUUUCGUGAAAAUUCUGUUAUUUCAAAGCAAAAAUGGAAUAUUGCGAGGACGAGUCGGAACUUGGUCAUGGCUCGGCAAAAGAAAAGUUUUACAAAUGGAACAAGGAUGAUAUCACAAUUUUAUUGAACUAUUAUGAAGAUUUCGUUCGAAAUUCAGUUUUUUCAAAGAGAAAGCUUUUGUGGAUCACUCUUUCGAAGCAACUACAAGAGCACGGAGUUCCCGUAGAUGCCGUUCAAUGCGAGAAUAAAUGGAAGGCUCUUUGUCGCGCGUACCGAAAUCAAUACAAGAGCUUCCAAUAUCGCGAAAUAAUCGAAAGAAUUCUCAGUUUGAACAAUACCGAGAGUCCCUUAUUCGGCAUUGACAAGGAACCUCCUUCAAAAAAGCAAAAAUUAGAUGAAAACUUUGAAACGGAUGACGAUCGCACGCAAAAUGUCUGCAAAUCGUGGCGUCCUGAUGAAGUUGAUGCCUUGUUGGAUGUCUGGGAAGCAAAUAUCGCGACACUUUCAACAAUGAGCAAGAAGUCUGUGUACGAAAAAGUCGCUGAAAUCCUUCGAAUGAACGGAAUGAUCGUCAAUGCUUUGAAUAUCGAGCACAAAUGGAAGGGACUUUUGCGGGCACUUCGACGACGGAAUUCUCAAAAACAGAAAAAAACUGUCACAGACUUGCGAGUUGAGAAAUUAUACAAACUCGGGAUGUCGUACGAGACAGAAUUACCGGAAAUUGAUGAAGUAACGACGCGUGAAAGUGACGAUAAUGUUGCUGAAGAUGGGACUGAAGGAAAUACAUAUCAUACAUUAACGACUUCUAAGGCAGGAACGGGCAUUUUGACACUUUUGAGAGCUUCAACGGAUAAUGUUACGGCAUUUCCGUUGGUCGAGCAGGAAUAUGAGUCGCAAUAUAAACAGGAGUAUUCUGAUGAUAAUUUGUCGAUGGAUUCGGAACAACCGAGACAAACAACUACGGAGAUAAUCGACGAAAAUAUGACGUUCGAAGAGCGAUUAUUGAACUUCUUGAAGGAACAAGAAGAGGCGAACCAAAGACGGCAUGAAGAGAAGAUGGAACUGAAAAGAAAGAAAAUUGGACUGUUAGAAGCUCUUGUUCAAUCAAAAAAUAAAGAUUAAAAAAAAUAAUUGAAUUUAACUUUAAAUUGAGUUUUUUUUUCGAAUUAAGUUAAAU